UAUUGGCGUCUCUAAAAUCAGGCCAAAAGGGAGAGAUGGUCUAGAGAGAGAAAGUGUAUAGUGGACUAGUGAGAGAAAUGCAGUAGAUAAAGUGUGUGUGUGUGUGUAUAUAUAGAGGGAGAGAAGAUUUCAUGCCAUUCACGCAGAAGAGCUUUUUGCUUGUCCGUUUCUCAGUUUAACUCCUCUGCUCAAAGCUCAUCAAUCUUGUUUUGCAUAUUUGAGUAGAAUAGUUGUGCAAAAUGAAUGGGAAUCAACAAUUGGAGGUGCAUUAUAUAAAUACAGGCUUUCCUUACACUAAUACGGAAAGUUUUAUGGACUUCUUCGAAGGUCUUACACAUGCACCUGUACAUUAUGCUCAUGCUGGACCUUUGCUUGAUCAGGAAACUGCAUACUGGUCAAUGAAUUUGAAUUCUUACAAAUUCGGAUUAUCUAGUCCUGGAAGUACUACUUAUUAUGGUCCUUAUGAGGUAAAUGAUCAUUUACCAAUAAUGGAUGUCAGCAGAAGGGCUUGGGAAUACCCUUCAAUGGUGAAUAUGGAAGAACCUGCAGACGUAGACUUGCAGUCUGGAGGGAAUGCAGUCCCGAGUAUGCAUACUAUCCCUGAAGAAUGCACUCCGAAUCAUGAUGAUGAUACUAGUUCACAGGUCAUUUGGCAAGACAUUGUUGAUCCUGACAACAUGACCUAUGAGGAAUUACUUGAUUUAGGUGAGGCAGUUGGAACUCAUAGUCGAGGUCUUUCCCAAGAAUUCAUUAAUUUGCUUCCAACCUCAAGGUACAAGUCUGGUCGUUUCUUCUUAAGAAGAAAAUCUAGAGAGAGCUCAGCGAACAACAAUGGAACAAUGAACUCAGAUUUGAUUUAUGGGUUGCAAGAGGUUUUUUAUUUUUAUUUUUUUCGCUGUGUUAUUUGCCUGAUGAGAUAUAAAAGGGGUGACUCGCAAAUAAAUUUGCCAUGCAAGCACAUUUACCAUACUGAGUGUGGCACUAAAUGGCUCAGCAUCAACAAGACUUGUCCGGUUUGCAACACUGAAGUUUUUGGCUCUGAAUCAAGCCACGAAACAUGAAACAGUGUAUAUAAAGCCGGUUUGUUCUUCAGUCCAUAUUUCUUUUCCACUAUAUCCUUCUUUUCCACCAUACGUAGAGCUACUACAAGACUGAUGUUGUUUCUUAUUUCAUUUUACACGUUCCCCCUUGUAAUAGAAUCGUCUUAGCUUUUAUAGAAGUGAAUAUGAUGGAUGUUUA